UAUACAUCAAACCGAAUAUAUAUUUAUCAAUUAAAUCAUGAAGGGUUCGAAUAAGCUCUGUCAUCCGGCAAUACUAGCUAUUAUUAUCCUUGCCUUGGUGUUCAAAAUAAGCACCGUAGCUACCGCACCUGGAAACCUAUGGGAUGGUUUCGGUAUGAGAACUGAUACAUACGUACAUGCAAAUGAUGCGAAUAUCAACUCAAACACAGACCUAGACGCUAACAUUCAGGUCGAAACCGAUCAGACAAGAUUGCGAGUCGAUAAGCCGGCAGUCACCGAACAGCCAGAAGAGAAAUCAAAUAGUGAUGAAACUGAAGCAGAAACUGGGAGCCAGGAAAAACAAGAUGCAGAGCCUAUGUACAUACCCCCCGCUGUUCUCGAGCCAGUCAAGGGAAUGCGUGAGUUCAAAAAGAAAUCAUUGCUGAAAAGCUCGGACGACAAUGAGAUCAGGGAUGAAGCUGCCAAUCACACUUAGCGGAAUAUAUAUUUGCGCUGCCAUAAUAUAACUUUUCAGACUGGAAACAGAUGGUAUGUAAAGUUUCAACGUUAAUAGAUAUGCAAAUCAAAACCUGUACUUUCAAAACUAGAAAGUUAGGCUGUUGAGACCAUGAACGCCUCGAACAGCUAUUGAGGCGUAUGCGAUGGCUUGGACAUUUGAGAUGUCAAGCUACUAAAUACCCGCAAUAUGGAAAAAAUCAUAAUCUAUAGAAGGAAUUUUUUGAGCAUACUUGACAAGCUUAAAUUAAACCACGAAAACAAUAACACA